UAAAAAUGAGCCUUCAGGUUGAACAAUCUAGCGGAAUAUCGAGAGUGAGCUACACAUACUAAGUGGCUGGUGUCGGCAACUUGCCCCGCGUUGUUUGGGAUGUCACUAAGACCGGAAGGCACCUCCGAUGCAUCAACUCCCAACCACCGACCUCAACUGACCAGCGCCUCCGACGUCGCUCACCUUUGCUAGCUGAUCCUUAGUAUUUCUUUAGACAGGUGAACAGCCAGGAAAAGCCCGGAUCUUGUAUUCUGCCACAGAAACAAUAUAUACUUCCGUUCAGUCUGGGUCUGGUUACUCGACAACAUAUUUGCAUUCAUACCUCCUCGAGUCCCUUCUCAAGACCAACAAAUUGGCCGUCCUCAUUCCAUUUCACAAUGCGUAUCCUCGCUGAACCCGAUGUUUCUCAGAUCCUACGCGAAUUAAACCAGUCGCAAUGCCACGACUUACUCAACGCUCUUUGCGACUCUCUCACCGCAGUCUCCAAUGAAUCGACUGCUCCAGAGACGGAACGCCUUAUCCACCAGCCCCUUCGUAGCACCAUCCUCACGAAGAAACAAAACCUCUCUCUUUUCAUGCCCGUCUCCAACACCGCCAGCACGGGUAUCAAGAUUGUUACUUCCUCUCAGUCUCAUGGCCUCAUCGGAGUCAUCAACAUCUUCUCGCCCGAAGGUAGUCUACAAGGUCUCUUGAGCGCCGCCAAAAUCACCGCUUUCCGCACAGCCCUGACCAUCAUGUCCCUCCUCGUUCGCUGCCAGGCCAUGAGUAAGGAGAAUGUGGUCAUUCUCGGCUCUGGUCGCCAGGCGGAAUGGCAUGCUCGCUUAGUUCUCCUCUUGUUCCCAGGACAAGUACGUUCGAUCACCAUCCUGAACCGUGGUCGCAAACGCCUGGAAGAGUUGGAGACAGAGGUCUUGGGACAAUUGCGGGCUACGUAUCCGGACGUUGCGAUCUCAACGGUCGCGAAAGAUCAUGUAGGCGACGACGUAUGGGAGGAGAAGCUGCGGGCGGCACUGCAGACCUGCGAUGUCUUGUUCAGUUGUACGCCUGCCACAGAGCCGAAUUUCCCGGCUUCAUAUCUACAACCGUUCCGGCAACGGUUCAUCUCGCUGAUCGGCUCGUAUAAGCCGCAUAUGCGGGAGAUUGAUACGGAGACAUUGCUCUCUGGCGGUGGGAAAGUCUACGUGGACUUGAAGGAGGCGUGUUUGGAGGAGUCGGGCGAGUUGAUUCUGGCCGGGGUGAAGGAAGAGCAGUUGAUUGAAGUUGGUGAGUUGUAUGGGAAGUUAGGUAGGGAAGUGCCGGUGGAGGUACCCCAGGGGUGCAAUGUGGUAUUUAAAUGUGUGGGCAUGGGGAUAAUGGAUCUGGUCAUCGGAAACAAGCUGUUGGAUGUUGGACGGGAGAGGGGAAUUGGCAUGGAAGUAGAUGGCUUUUGAAGCGAUGGCGUGUUGACGGUGGAAUUAGAUAUUGUGACCAAAUGACUGACUUGAUCGUAAUCAAUCAGUUACUUGCAGACAAUUCAACCCUUCUGUUUUGAUAAAAGAACUGAUUGGUGUUGAAUUGUACUGAUAGCUAUGGCGGUAUAAGUUAGUGCAAGAUCAUGCUUGUGUUGAUCAUGGCUGGAG